AUGGAAAAAUCAGAGCAUCGAUAGGAAGAUGAUGACAUGGAGUCCUUCAGGAUCUAGAAGGACGAUAGACUAAUAAUAGUUUCUUUGAAACUGCCAAUACAAGUUUAUAAAGACAUUUCAGACCAAAAAUGGAAAGUUAGAGAUGGUCCUACGAUUUUAUAUCCGCUGCUUCAUUCAUUCAAAGGACUAAAUGAUUUUAAGUAAAAAUAUUAAUAAGCCAUCAUAUUAACAUACUUUAGUGAUGACUUUGCCAAUUAGGAUUACUGGAAUGCUUAUAAGGAAGUAAAUAUGAUUAUGGCUCAAGAAAUUCUGAGAAGAAAAGAAGGGACAAAAGAUUUGGUCUGGAUAAAUGACUUUCAUUUCUUGCUUACCCCUUUUUAUCUUAGAGAAUAAGAUGAAUCUGCCAGGAUUGGUCUCUUCCUGCAUGCCUCUUUUCCCAAUUCUUAGAUAGUCUCAAUUUUUCCUUAAAGAAAUGAAUUACUUAAGUCAAUGCUGAAUUGUAACUUGAUAGGCUUUCAUUUAUUUGAAUAUGCCAAAAACUUUAUGUUGACUUGCAAUAAGCUACUAGAUCUCAACUAUGAAUUUAGAAGAGGAGGGUGCCUAGGUAUAGAUUAUGAUGGUAGAAAUGUUAUGCUAAGAAUUGGUCAUGUGGGUAUCGAGAAAGAAUAUAUAGACGAGGUUAUAAUUGGUCAGGAAUUCAGCAAGUACUAUGGAGAAUUACUAAAAGAUAAGUUCAAAAAUAAGAUAGUAAUAGCUGCUGUCGAUUAUCUGCAUCCAAUAAGUGGUAUAGAUAAUAAACUUAGAGCACUGCAUAAUUUUCUUCAAGACAAUCCUAAACGUAGGAAACAAGUGAUUUUUAUCCAAUAUGCUGUGCCAAUGAGAACUGUUGGACCAAAACUUAUAUAGCAUUAAAUGUUCAAAAAGGCCAUUGAAUCUAUUUUGGAAGUAGCCAACUAAAUUAAGAAAGAUUUUGGUGAUGUUCUACAGCUUAAAUUUGAAGGUCCUUCCAAAGGGUAAAGAUGUGCUCUCUGGGCUAGAGCAAACUUGCUUCUUAAUUCUAGUCUUAAAGACGGGUUAUGUUUGAUUAAUUAAAUAAAAGAAACAAUUGAAAAAGUGUUGGGAAUGAGUGAAAGUGAACGUGUGGAAAUGUUUGAUUAGGCAUCACAUUAUCUAGAUAAACAUUCAACACUAAAAUGGGCUCGAGCUUUUUUAACAGAUCUAAAAAAGGCAUAUUAACCUGGUACGAUUCCUCGGAAAAUAUCCUCGGAUCCUGAGCCAUGUCCUGAUAUAGUUAAUAUUUUGGACUAAUUGACUAGAGAUUAAAGAAAUACAGUUUUAGUCAUUAGCCCACACUCUGGAAGACAAAUGCAUGAAUGGUAUCAUGAUACUUCCUCAAUAAUUCUGGCAGCAGAGGAUGGCUAUUAAUAUAGAUUAAAUUCAACAAACAAAAAUCAUUUCGAUUGGAAUAACUUGCUUGAACUUGAUUCCACUCAUAAAGAGUGGAUGAAUCUAGUCGAGAAACUAAUGGAUCAUUAUGUUGAUUAGACUGAUGGUGCAUUUGUGGAAAGAAGAGACAGCAGCAUAGUUUUUGACUUCUCAGACGCUGAUAGGUAGUUCUCACAUAUGAUUGUCCAAGAGUUAGGGUAACACAUAGAUCAGCUAAUUGGAUAGUAAUAUCAAAUAACUAAAGUAUAUGGGUAAACUUACUUUCAAGUAAAACCUCUAGAGCUAAAAAAGUCUAUUACUAAUAAGUUCAAAGUGGAUUUUAUUUUAUUUGUUGGGGAGGCAUGCGCCAAUUAAGAAGCAUUUUGCUACCUUAACAAAAUUGAUAAGUACAAAGCAAAGAAGUUCAUCUAGCUUGAUCCAGAGAAACAAAGUAAAAUAUUUACAUGCACAGUUGGAAAAAGACCAACCAAUGCUCGUUAUUGCUUCAAGGAUACAGCAGAUAUGUGCGAGUUGCUAAAAACUCUCUCAAAUAACUCAGUCAGAAUGAAGCGCAAUAAAUCAGCUCCUAAUCUAAUUGAGACCGAUGUUCCAAUGCCAAAAGAUUGUGAUAUCGAGAGAAAAAGUGUGAUUACAUCAACUGGAAGUAUAAAUAAAAAGAAUGCACAGUAUUUAAUUGAAAGAAUAAAAGACCUUAAAAAAUAGUAAUAAUAGGAAGAUCCCUAUUUUCAAACUUAGCCUUAACCAAACGAGAAAAAGAUAAUUACAAUCUAGCAAUAAAUAAAAAGACAAUACUUACUAGAAGAAGCGAGCAAGCAAUGA